CUCUCCCGGCUUCUCCAGCGCCUCACCUGCCUCUCGCUGGUCAAAAUGACCUACGUCCUAGGGGAAAUGGUCACCGAGUGCCUGUCAUACAUGCGGGGAGGCGGUAUCAACCCUCAUCUCAACCCUCGUAUCGACCGGCUGGAGAUCAGACACAGCAACGACCCCCACGGCGACACCGCCAGAGACGCGUCCUUCUCUUUCGCCCCUGCCCCCCUCCUUCGGCACUAUCCGAUGGCGAACACCGUGAAUGUCGACCUGGAGCCUGAAAUGAAUUUCAUUGAGGACUUUGACAUCGUGACGCCGGCCGCACUGGGUUGUAUUUACCGACUCCUGCACGUCUGCCGGCCACAGCGGGCAAAUGUGAAGGGGAUCGUGAUGGAGGCGAACGGUUUCGACGAGCCGUGGGACGAAGAUUGGGUGAGGACACAGGUCAGCGGUCAGCGGUCGAGGGACAUAAAGGAACCACCACAGUGCACACAUGUCUGUGUGUGAUAUUGCCCAGAUUGUCCUGAUGCAUCGGCACCCCAACCACAGCCGACACAACCAGUGCAUCGUCACCGACUUGCGUGCCAUCCGAAAGCCCCUUUCCUCAUCUGCCCGUCCUGAUGCCCGUGAACGCCUUGAUGACCAUCAAGUACAAAAGGGUCUCCGUGGCGAGCCGAGCGAGUAUUUCAUGAUGUUCGACUUGGUCGUGUCGGCUUGUUCUGGUCGUUUGUCGGGCUUUGUUCAGCCGCCCAUCACAGCGUAGUUUGAGAAGGCGCGGCCGUAGUAGAAAGGAGGACGGGAUGUAUCGUUGCAUUGUGACAAUGGGCACAGACCAUGUUAUCUCUUUGCAAGUGGCGGACCAUCAAGUAGAGUGCCUGUCUCUUUUACGUCUUUCUAGUCAUGUAUCGUCUCCAGGCGCGACAGACAAGCAAUCAGC